CCAAUGAAUCCCAAGAAUACAACACAGGUCUCUGAAUUCCUCCUUCGCGGCUUCUCAUCCCAGCCAGAGGUCCGAAGAUUCCUCUUCCCGCUCUUCCUCGCCAUGUAUUUACUCAACAUCCUGGGGAACGGAACGAUCAUCUUCGUUAUCCGCUCAGACGUGCAGCUCCUCCAAGCCCCCAUGUACUACUUCCUCAGCCAACUUGCUGUAGCCGAUCUGUGCUCUACCACCACCAUUGUCCCCAAGAUGUUGGAGAACUUGCUGUCUCAGAAGAAGACCAUUUCCUACCACGGCUGUCUGAUCCAGAUAUAUUUCUAUAUCUAUUUUGCCAACUCGGACACCUUCCUGCUAGCUGCCAUGGCCUACGACCGCUACGUGGCCAUCUGUUGCCCUCUGUAUUAUUCGGCCAUGAUGAGCCACAGGCGUUGCGUCCAACUAGCCACUGUGUCCUGGACCAUCCCCACACUCAACGCUUUGCUUUACACUGUUUUGAUGGCCCGGGUGGAGUUCUGUGACCCUGGGGAGAUCCCUCAUUUUUUCUGUGAUAUUUACCCUGUGCUGGAUAUCUCAUGCUCGGACACCAGCCUCAUCGAACUGCUGUUGAUGACCGAAGGGUUCGUGGAUAUCCUGGGCCCGUUCGUUCUCAUUAUCAUUUCAUACAUAUUCAUCUUCUGUACCGUUCUGAAGAUCCCGUCAGCCGCCGGGAAGCGCAAGGCUUUCUCCACGUGCGGCUCCCACAUUUGCGUGGUGGUCUUGUUCAUUGGUACAAUAAGUUGGGUCUAUUUGAAGCCCCAUUCCAAGGAAUUGAACUUCCAGGACACGGUGGCAACUGUCAUGUAUAACAUGGUGACCCCCAUGUUGAACCCCUUCAUCUACAGCCUCAGGAACAGUGAAAUGAAGGCAGGUAUAAGGAGGGUUGUCAGGCAGUGCUUUCAUUAA